AUGCCCUCUACUUCAGCCUUAGAGUCAGAACCUGAACCGGAGCUGAUAAAUACCGAUAAAAACACUCCCGAAACACUUCUUAACAAAUUCUUUCCGGUGCCCAGCUCCUCAUCAGCUAGCAUUCAGGAAAAGAAAGAAGAAGAUCAGAGAAAAACAUCAAAGAGGAAGGCUCUGCAUGAAAAAAAGAAUAAAAGAAAAAAUAAAAAAAUUGAAGAUGAAUCAACAGACGAUGAUACUGAUGCAUUAGAUGGGUUAGUGACUCAGUCUGAUGAUAGUCCGGACGAAGAUGAUGCAACAGAAUGCCUUGGAUGUGGUGAAAAAUAUAAUGUGACCACGAAAGCCGAUGAUUGGAUUCAAUGUCUACACUGCCAGAGAUGGUUUCACGAAAGUUGUUCGAAAUAUUUGAACCUAUGUGACCUUUGUGGUAAAAACUUAUCAAAGAAAAGGAAGUAG